CUGGCAGUCUCAUUCUCAACGCAAUCCCCCCCGCGCUCUAUCCUUGUCUGGUUAAAUUCAGGUCAAUCUUUUUUCUCUUCGACUUUUUUUUCCCUCCUCACUUACACAUUGUAACCAGAGAACAGGAAAGAUCCCAGAACACUAACCAGGUAGUCAAACAGCAACAGAAAACACACCGCAACCAUGGGAUAUCCAGAUACUUUCGAAGGUUUCAUGAUCUCGGAUCAGAAGAAAUGGACCGAGUUCAAGAAACAAGAGUUCAAACCCAAGAAGUUCGGUGACCAUGAUAUCGACAUCAAGAUCGAGUGCUGCGGUGUCUGUGGCUCCGACGUCCACAGCAUCAAUGGCGGCUGGGGCGAGGUACCACUGCCCAUCUGCGUCGGCCACGAGGUCGUCGGUCAUGCCGUCAAAGUCGGGUCCGAAGUGAAAACAGUAAAAGUCGGAGAUCGUGUGGGUGUAGGUGCUCAGAUCUGGGCUUGUCUCAAGUGCCCUCAAUGCAAGAGUGACAACGAGAACUACUGCCCUCAUAUGGUCGACACGUACGGCGCUCCAUACCCGAAGGAGGCCGACCCAGAUGAGACCAUCUCGCAGGGCGGGUACGCUUCCCACAUUCGGGCUCACGAAUACUUCACCUUCCCCAUCCCAGACGAGAUUCCUUCCCACCUCGCAGCUCCGAUGCUGUGCGCCGGCUUGACCACAUAUUCGCCGCUGGUGCGGGCGGGAGUUGGACCGGGCAAAAAGGUGGCUGUGGUAGGCCUGGGAGGUCUCGGACACUUCGGUGUCAUCUGGGCCAAUGCCCUGGGUGCGGAGGUCUCGGUGAUCUCUCACUCUCCCAGCAAGAAAGAGGAUGCUCUCAAGCUGGGCGCAAAGGAGUUUAUCACCAACGACAAGGAGGGUUGGGAGAAGCCAUACGCCUUUGCUUUUGACUUCAUCCUGAACACCGCCGACAUGACUCACACCUUUGACAUUUCCCAAUACCUGUCCAUGUGUAAGGUCAACGCACCCUUCCACCAGGUCGGUCUGCCGGAUGAGGCGCUGCCAGCCAUUAAGCCACAGAUGUUCAUGAGCAAUGGCAGUUCCAUUGGCGCAAGCCACAUUGGCAACAGACCCGAGUGCUUGGCUAUGCUUAAGCUGGCUGCAGAGAAGAAGCUACAGCCCAUGGUGGAGACCGUUUCGAUCUCGGAAGAAGGUUGCAAGGAAGCUGUAACAAGGGUCAAGGACAACAAGAUCCGAUACCGAUUCACCCUGACUGAUUACGACAAGGCUUUCGGCGCGCGGAACUGAAGGCUCAUAGAAGCUGAAGGUGUCGAGCCACAAGCUAGGUUGUCAGUAUGUCCAAAACAUGAAUGGAGAUGAGACCUUGACGUGUGGACAGGGUCUUAGAAAGAUCCGGGAAUGUUUAGAGAAGGACCCGAUUACCUUAACAUACAUCCUGAUAGCUGGCAGUACUCUGCAUGAAAAGUACCCGGUCAAGAUGCAUGCGAAUGAAAAUAGGCGCCUGUUGUGAUACGAUCUGACCUGUCAAAAGCGGAGCGUUGUGCACUUUUGUCCUGAAACAUGAUAUCUUCGACUCGCUGCAGGGAUGUUCCAGACAAAGUACAUACCAUAGUACGACUUCCACUCCCAGUUGACGAAUGGCAUUCGGGUUGCAGAACGGCGUGUCAG